GGAUUUAUGACGCACGCACAGUAGUUUGACAUAUGACUGCAAAGAAAGUCAUGCUAAACAGAACUGUCUUAACUGGAUGGAUCUUACUUCCGCUAAAUUAACGGAAGAGUUCACAAAUAACUGUAAAAGAGCAGUUAUACUUUAGAAACAACGUUUUAAUUGCUUAACACUGAAAUAACCGAUGUCGGGGGAUGAGGAAGAGGACGUGGCGACAUCGGGGGAAGAGGAAGAGGACGUGGAACUCUAUGACAAUAACAGCGGGAAUAUAGACCAGGAAUUUGAGAUCUGGAAGAAGAAAUAUGGUAAGACCUACGCUACCCCUGAAGAGGAGGCUCGUCGGAAGCAGGCCUGGCUGGAGACCAGGGUCAGGGUGACGGAGCACAACCGCAACUAUCUGGCCCGGGAAGGAGACUUGGACAAUGGGGGCGAACAUGUUCGCUGACAGGCUAGAAGGUGACCAUUGUUGCUGCAUUGGUGGUGUUGGCGGGGCUGAUGGGAUGAUAGGAAUGUUCUAGCAGUGGGCAUCGGUCUCAAUGCACUCUCUUCUGCUCCACCCGUCUUCUUCAUUAAAGAUGCUCUCCAUUCA